CUUAUUUGUCAUUUCACACAUCAAUUUAUAUAGGAGAACUCGUGCCUGAAAUCGGGUUCGUCAAUCAACUCGCCUUAUUCUGCUCUGCCCUACAGUUUCUGUAGUGAAUCACAGCUGCUGGAUAGAUUGUCAUAACCGCCGAUCCAACAACAGUCUUCUCCAGAAAUAACUCCUUGAUGUAACUAUGUUAUAGGAUGCAUAAAAGGACCUGGCCAAUAUGAUGAUAUUCGAUAAACUCGUUCGGAUUAUCGUUAGUACACUACCAUUCGUUCAAUUAUGUCUCGCCCAAAGUUCCACACCGACGGUCUACAAAGACCCCGGGACAGGGAUCACCUUCGAUACCUGGCCGGUUCCUUCUACCCUGACCCAAGGUGGCAUGACAUUCGGUAUCGCCCUUCCGAAAGACGCGUUGACCACGGAUGCGACUGAAUUCAUUGGGUAUCUUCAAUGCUCGUCCACGAAUUCCACAUCGACUGGAUGGUGUGGGAUUUCUAUGGGAAGCACGAUGGUCGGUAAUUUGCUGUUGAUGGCCUAUCCAUAUAACGGAACCAUUUUAACAACCUUUCGGUGGGCCAAUGGCUAUGUUUUGCCCGAUCUGUACAAAGGAAACGCAACGCUCACUCAGAUAUCUUCAACUAUCACCAAUACAAACUAUACUUUGAUAUUUCGGUGCAAAGAUUGUCUAUCAUGGGAACAAGAUGGCACGAGCGGCAAUGCAUCAACUAGCGAAGGCAAUUUGGACCUUGGAUGGGCCCACGCAGUUCAAUCGCCCACAAAUCCAUCUUGUCCAAACAAUGCCUCAUUUGUCCAGCACGACACUCAAAAUAUUUGGACUGCUGAUCUUGACGACCAUGCUACUAGCUCGUCUUAUGACACCUGGGCAACCCUCGCCAAUAAGACUGUGACCGGAGGCUGCGGGGGUGGUGACGCCUCACCAACCCCUACAUCGGUUCCCGUACCCAGCGGCUCUGUAUUUGACUAUAUUGUGGUUGGCGGUGGAGCAGGGGGUAUUCCACUCGCCGAUAAACUGAGUGAAGGUGGAAAGAGUGUAUUACUUAUUGAAAAGGGCCCACCAUCAUCUGGCCGUUGGGGUGGUACUUUGAAACCUGACUGGGUGGGAGGGUCAAACCUGACACGCUUCGACGUCCCCGGAUUUUACAACGAGAUCUGGGUUGACUCUGCUGAUAUUGCAUGUACGGACGUGCAGCCGAUGGCAGGCUGUGUAUUAGGUGGGGGAACAGCAGUUAAUGCCGGACUUUGGUGGAAACCAUAUUCUCUCGAUUGGGAUUACAAUUUCCCUGAUGGUUGGCAGUCCGCCGACAUGGAGAACGCCACAGAAAGGGUGUUCUCACGAAUACCUGGAACUGACCACCCAUCGACUGACGGGAAGCUAUACUUACAACAAGGUUUCCACGUAAUAGCAGGUGGGUUAGAAGGUUCCGGAUGGGAGUCUAUAACCGUCAAUGAUUAUCCAGAAUUGAAAAAUCAUACGUACGGACAUACUGAGUAUAUGUACUCUCACGGUGAGCGUGGUGGGCCAAUGGCUACAUACCUCGUGACUGCAAAAGCUAGAAGCAAUUUCCAUCUCUGGCUGAAUACAACAGUCAAAAAGGUGAUAAGAACUGGAGGCCACGUCACUGGGGUAGAGGUUGAAGCGUAUUUUGAUGGAGGUUAUGAAGGAACCGUGAACUUGACAUCUGUUACAGGAAGAGUUAUUCUCUCAGCUGGAGCCUUUGGCUCACCAAAGAUCCUAAUGCGAAGUGGUAUUGGGCCUACGGACCAAUUGGAAGUGGUUCAGUCGUCUACAGAUGGUCCCACAAUGAUCUCCAAUACCUCCUGGAUCGAUCUCCCUAUUGGUUAUAAUUUGGAAGACCAUGUCGGUACCGACGUCGUCGUAACCCAUCCGGAUGUGGUAUACUAUGAUUUUUAUGCAUCAUAUAACGAUCCAGACAAGACUGAUGCCGCGGAUUAUUUGAGCAAUCGGACUGGUAUCCUAACACAAGCUGCACCCAAUAUCGGUCCGAUGUUCUGGGACGAGAUUGAGGGUGCCGAUGGAAUCGUUCGUCAGCUACAAUGGACAGCCCGCGUUGAAGGAUCACAUGGGACCCCUGACGGCAAUGCAAUGACUAUGACCCAAUACCUUGGCAGGGGCGCAACUUCACGUGGCCGAAUGACGAUAACAUCUGGUCUGAACACAGAGGUCUCGACAUUACCGUACUUACGCAAUGAAAACGAUAUCCAGGCAGUCAUUCAGGGCAUUGUUAAUUUGCAAAAUGCCCUGAAAAAUGUUGCUAAUCUUACCUGGACAUAUCCCACUGCAAAUGAGUCGGUGACGGAUUUUGUCAAUAAUAUGACGAUUUCAUAUACGAAUAGAGGGUCAAACCAUUGGAUAGGGACCUGCAAGCUCGGUACUGAUGACGGCCGUCUCAAUGGUUCAGCCGUCGUAGAUCUUGAUACUCGCGUCUACGGCACUGAUAAUCUGUUUGUUGUUGACGCCAGUAUUUUCCCCGGCAUUGUGACCACGAAUCCGUCUGCAUAUAUUGUGGUGGCGGCAGAACAUGCAUCAGAGAGAAUCCUGGCUUUGGACACUCCCACGGCUGUGGAGCAGCAUGGACAAUGCGGAGGAACAAAUUGGACUGGAAGUUUUGUUUGUGCAGAGCCGUAUACAUGCACGUAUCAAAAUGCGUCCAUGUGGCAGUGCCUCUAAUCUUUGAAAUGUUAAUCCAAGGUAUCGGGUUGUACAUAGCUCGGUUUUUGUGAGGCAUCCUUCGUGAGUAUGAACAUCAACGUUAAAAAUGCGUAUGGGUGCAACCUAAAUGGUAUUUAUUUAUGUAAUUAAUGAAGAUAGUAAAUUUCAAUUCCACCCUCU